AUGCGGGGUGAACCGCACUGCUUGUCGUCCCCCGUCGCUGCCCCCUGGCUCGCCGCUGUGGCGGAGGCGCCACAGCCGGGGGUGCCGGCGGCCCCCGCCCCUCAGCGCCCCUCACGCCCCCGGCUCCAGAGCAGGUGGGGCGGGGGCGGCGGGACGCGGCCGGGGCGGCGGGCACUCGCCUCCGAGGGCCGCGGGCCUGCGCGGGUGCCCGGUGCUGUGUGUCGGCCCUCUGUUUCCUUGCCCCUCGUUGUGGUUUGCUCGGUGGCUUUGGGGACAGUCACAGGGCCCCGCGUUCUACCCGCUCCUCCGCCGGCCGUCCCGCGGGGCCGCCGCGCUCGAGGUGCGCUGGGCCCAGCGGCCGCCGCAUCAUCCCGGCGGGACCGCGCUGGGAACGGGGACACGCGCCGCGACCCGGCUUUCCUGAGUGAAAAAAAUGGAGCUGUCAAGAAGAGAAGAUCAAACCAGGCAGAUGUUCCUGAUAGUCUUUGCCAAGAAGCAGAAACAUGCUAUCGGCUUAGACUGCCUGAGGACUUCUACCAGUUUUGGAAGUUUUGUGAGGAACUAGAUCCUGAGAAACCAAGUGAUGCACUUGUGUCAAGUGUUGGACUUAAACUGGUUGGACCAUAUGAUAUUCUUGCUGGAAAACACAAAAAAGCAAAAGCAACAGAUGUGAACUUCAAUCUUCAUUGGAGAUUCUUCUAUGAUCCUCCAGAAUUUCAGACUAUACUUGUUGGGGAUAGCAGAACACAAUAUCACAUGGGAUAUUUCAGGGAUGUGCCAGAUGAGCUCCCAGUGUGGGUUGGUGCAAAUGAAGCGAAGAAGGGUUGUGUGAUUUCACAAGUCGGUGAUAAUGUCUUUGCUGCAGUCAAAUUAUUUUUGUCAAAAAAACUUAAGGAAGUGGCUGAUAAAAAGAAAAAUGCUAUUUUGAAAGACAUAGAUGAAAAGCUAACAAGAACAGCAAAAGAACUGGGUUAUUCUCUGGAACAGAAAACGCUGAAGAUGAAACAGAGAGAUAAGAAAGUGGUGACCAAAGCAUUUCAUGGAGCAGGCCUAGUUGUUCCUGUAGACAAAAAUGAUGUUGGAUACAGAGAACUUCCUGAAACAAAUGCUAAUCUUAAAAAAAUUUGCAAGGCCAUUGUUGAUGCACCGACUGAUGAGGAGAGAGUGAAGGCCUUUGCACCCAUUCAAGAAAUGCUGACUUUUGUUCAGUUUGCUAAUGAUGAAUGUGAUUAUGGAAUGGGGUACGAGCUGGGCAUGGACCUAUUUUGCUAUGGAUCACACUACUUCCACAAGACGGUGGGCCAGCUGCUGCCUCUGGCGUACACCCUGCUGAAGAGGAACCUCUUUGCCGAAAUCAUCGAGCAGCACCUGGGCAGCCGGCGGGAGGAGGGCCUGGAUCGGCUGGCGCCCUGAGCCGGGAACGGGGGCUGCGGCUGGGGGCGGCCCUGCGCGCCCGGACCGGCCUUGUCUGUGUGUCUGUGGGUCUUUUUGUACUCGGUGGCGGUGUCCCCUCGGUCAGUAAAGGUUUUCUAAGGAA